CCAGUCAGGUCAAGUAAAGAGCUGCGAGAAACCCUGACGACGACAAUGGAGUCGGGGUAGGAGAUCGAUCUCUCCCUCAUCGAACUCGCGCACGGAAUCGAAACUUCCAGCUCGGAGAAUGUACGGGACAGAGAAGCCUCCCGGUGAUUCGGAGCGAACGGCUUUCAGGCAAGCUGAGAAGAAGUACAAGCUCUACUACGACGACGGUUCUCUCAAGUCAUCGAGAAAGAAGAAGCAGGUCAAACCCGUGGAUGUAUCGGACGUGAUCGAUUUCAAGGCUAUUUCGGAGGCGUACGAGCGGGGCGGCGAGCUUCCGGCCGGUGUCGUGGUGGUUCGGUGCGGUUCCCCUCGGCCCGUGUUCUGCUUAGAGGGUCGGCCCGGAUUUUAUUUCAUUCCUGGGGCGUUAAGUCUAGAAGAACAGUGCCAAUGGAUGAGGGAGAGUUUACUCAGCUUCCCGCAACCUCCUAACAGAACGAAUCAUAAUGCGAUAUAUGGCCCUCUACAGGAUCUCUUUGCCGCUGCAAAAGAGAGGAAGGGUUUGGUCAAAGACGAGAGUAAUGGAGAUUGUCCCACUUGGAAAUUCGUUGAUGAAGCUGAAAUUCCAUUAAGAGGAAAUGUUUGCAGAUCAUAUCCAGCCUCUGCUCUUUUACGGAAGCUACGAUGGAGUACCCUUGGCCUUCAGUUUGACUGGUCUCAGCGGAACUAUGAUGUGUCUCUUCCACACAAUAAGAUCCCUGAUGCACUCUGUCAACUGGCUAAACGACUGGCUACUCCAGCAAUGCCUAAGGGAGAAGAAUUUAGACCUGAAGCUGCAAUAGUGAAUUACUUUGCAUCAGGUGAUACUUUGGGUGGUCAUCUUGAUGACAUGGAAGCGGACUGGAGCAAACCUAUAGUUAGCAUGAGUUUGGGAUGCAAAGCUAUCUUUCUUUUGGGAGGGAAGACUAGACAGGAUGAUCCUAUAGCAAUGUUUCUUCGAAGUGGUGAUGUUGUACUUAUGGCCGGAGAGGCAAGGGAAUGCUUUCAUGGUGUUCCCAGGAUCUUUACAGACAAAGAUACUGCUGAGAUCUCUCCGCUUGAGUUGCAUUUUUCGCAUCAAGAUGAUUGUUUUCUGUUGGAUUACCUCAGAAGUUCAAGGAUCAACAUCAACAUCAGACAAGUCUUUUAGAGCGUACAACAAUACCCAUUUAAAGUCCAUUUUGAAUGCAGUUGUAUAUUCUUUGAUAGCUUGUGUAGUGUUUUGAGCAAGGAUAGUCGACU